AUGUUUCGCGUCAUCAAAUCCUCAACGCUUGGCUCUACACCUAGAGUUACACAGAUACCAACGCUCGGUCAAGCAAGGGUAUAUCGCACAAAUCCUCGACUUCAAAGCACACUACAGAACGCGGACCAGAUCGGAUACCAGAAACCAUCUACCGAAGAUACGUAUAACAACGGCACAUCUCGAAAGCAGAUAUUGCAACUUCAGUCUACAAACACAAAGGAAACGCUUGUGGCGUCGGCAAAGCAAGCCUGUUACGAUGGCCUCUUUGAUGUGUGGUUGUUGGCAUCACACUGCAAGAACCGUCCCUCUUUGAAGAAUACUUCUGGCGAUUCAGUACGAGGUUCUUUGAGCGAUUCAACUAUUGGGUUUUCCAAGCACUACCGCCGUGGCUCUUUGGGUGUGGGAGAAUAA